AUGAAUUUGACCAUUCAACAACCUAUGCCAUAUCCAUUCUAUAUGAACUCACCGCGUCUACCCUUCUCUAUGCCCUGGUCCCCUAGUCCUUAUCAUUUUCCUGUGUCACCUUCUCAACAAUAUCCUUCCUCAUUUCAAACAUCACCAACACCAUCAUCACCCGUCUCCUACUCUUUGCCAUUCGUUCUCCCACCACAUCAACAGCAUCAUCAUCAUCAUCAUCAUCAGCAUCAAGUUCAGCAACAAUCGCGACCGAAUCCAUCGUCGAAAUCUUUGCAUACAUCUUCUUCUUAUACAAAUACUCGUUAUAAUCACUUGAAACAAUCCACCAGUAAUCAUUUCAAUCGACAACGAUUCUCGGAUACGGCAUCACCUUCACCACACUAUGCCACAACACAUCAACAUCAAUACCGUCCGAUGAAAACUAAAUCUGUCACUGAUUUAUAUCAAUUGUUUCAUCAAAACUCACCACAAUUAUCCAAAGCGCAUUCGUGGCACGCAAUCAACCAUUUUCAACCGACACACGUAAACUAUACGACCGAAAUCCCGAUCAAUCGUACAAAUCUUCCCUCUGUUACACCACCACCACCACCACCACCUCCUCCUCCUCGUCCUUUUCACCAAUUUUCACCCAAACAAAAGAAAAAAUCUCAUAAAAAACAAGUAUCAUCAUCGUUACCAGCGCAAACCUACAAUCACGAUCUCGUUCGUAUAUCCACAUUCGAUGAAAUGCCCAUCAUGGCCAAUCCUCUCUACCAAGAAAAUACAGCUGAUAUGAUUAAAAUUCAGAAGCUCAAUGAAACUCUUCAUCAAAAUUUCACCAAACCACCAUCGCCGUCGAGUUCGAAUAGUAGCCAUUCAUCAUUACAAAAACGCUUGAAUGGUUCAUUACGCAAUGACCCAUUACUAAGUGCUGCGAUAGACGAUUUUCGCCAACUUCGUCAUACACCGAGUCAACCGACAUCGACUGCUUCUCGUCGUCGAGAUUUAAGUCGCGAUAGUCUUUGUUCGAACUCGACUCAUCAUUCAACAUCGUCAAUAUCGCGUAGUCGAAGUCAAUCGAGUUUUACAUCACUUGAGCGUUUACAAAUUCGUCGAAUCAUCGAAAGUUUUAACUCGAAAGAUUCACGACCACUACAAAGUCUUUUGUCAAAUCCGAAAUCAACUGAAGGAAAGAUGACUAAACCAGUAUUAUCAUCAGUAUCUUUGAAAAAGUCAAAAAAAUCAUCUGUCACUGAAGAAUUAGAUCGACAAUUUCACAAAUUACGUUCAGAUAAUCCCAAUCAGGAGUUGAUCUACGUAAAACCAUCGUUAAUUCAAAAGAAUAAAGAAUUAAUUCCAUCAUUGCCAUCAAUGGAUGAACUCAUACGCAAAGCACAAACACAAAAAGUCGACACGUCAGAACUGAAAGAAAUCGAAGAGAAAACUUAUGAAAAUCCUUUUUUAUCAAUUCCUGUUCCACAAAGCAGUCCUAUCCUUUCAGCUAAAUUAAUCAUCAACGAAAAGCCACCCGUAGACAAUAAAUCCGAAUACGCCAUCCCGAAAAAGCCGCUAAACGAAGUUAAUCUUCGCUCAAAUAAAAAAGACGAACACGUUCGUAGUUUUAGCUUUUGUAAACCCAUAAGUGACAUCGUUUACGACACCCAACAAACACGGCCAGUAUCGAUGCUAAAUUGGUUUCAAUAUGGUUUAAGCAAUCCUUUACCAGCAACAUUUCAACCGCACAAAAACUUGCGUUUUCAUGAUAAUCAACACGAUACUUCAAUAGUUAAGGAGAACAUUUACGCGUCUGAUAUUGAUGUUCAUAUUCCAUUGUCGAACGAAAAGGAUUAUCUGCAAAAUUCAACUGUUAUGAAAGACUAUAUCGCAGAUUGUAAACAUGGUUCACAUCAUUCGUCGCUUUUCAACGACUUUUCACGUUUAUUUACACGUUUUGGUAAUCCUAAACAUGAACAGAAAAGUAAAAUGAAAAGCAAACUACACAAAAAUAAUCACCAUCAUGUUAACCACAAUGUACGCUGUUCAAUUAUGUAA